AUGUCAGAGGCAGAUAUUAUGCAAAUGAUUAACAUGCUAAAGUCCGGAAUUAUCACUUCACAGAUAUUUGGUCUUCUAGCUAGCCAAGCAGGCGGGUAUGAAUUUGUUAGCUAUGGUCUCAGAGAUAUGUACAAUGAGAUUACUCGGCAAAGGCGUCAAGUUCCUGGUGAUGCAGCACGAGUGUUGAAGAAGUUGGAGGAUAUGCGGUUGAAGGAUCCACAAUUAUAUUUCAAGACAUGUCAUGAUUCAAGAGGUUUGUUACGUAACUUGUUCUGGUCUGAUAGGAUCAGCCAACUAGACUACCAACUCUUCGAAGAUAUUAUUGCUUUUGAUGCUACGUACAAGAAGAACAAGUAUAGUUGUCCAUUAGUCAUAUUCAGCGAGGUUAACCACCAUAACCAAACAAUUGUUUUUGCUGCUGCGUUAAUUAUGGACGAAACUACUGAUACAUAUAUUUGGCUCCUACGUCAGCUCAUGUUUGCAAUGAAGGGUAAGACCCCGACCUCAAUAAUAACUGAUGGGGCCAUGGAGAUUAAGAAUGUAGUUCAGCUUCUUGAAGAAUUUGGCCUUGAGGAUAAGCCGUGCGUGAACAACAUGUAUGAAGAGAAGCAUAUGUGGGCUACUGCAUAUAUAAGAGGAAAAUUUUUUGCUGACUUUAGAACUACCUCAAGAUGUGAAGGUUUACACUCAGUUGUGGCAAUGUAUGUGAGGUCGCGAGUUGGAUCAAUGCGGGUGCUAAACAUAGAGAAUAACGAUGAUUGCAUAAAGUACAUUGUGUGUAAGCAUGGGAGGCCCGAUUUUAUGUGGACCGUUGAAUUUUGUCAAGAAGAAAUGAUCUUCAUGUGUACCUGUUUAAGAAUGGAGUCAUUUGGAAUUCCUUGCGAACAUAUUGUGAAAGUUCUAGAUGAAAGAGAAAUUUGUGAGAUUUUCUGGUCAUUGGUAUUGAAUAGAUGGACAAAAAAGGUGAAAUCAGCACUCAAUGAUGCAAGUGGGUUCACCAGGGAUGCUGUUGUUAUUAGUCAUCAAAGUGCCUUGAUGGAAUUUUCUAAACAAUUGGUUGUUGUUGCUACUAAAGUCCCAAAGAGAUAUGAAGAGACACGUGACAUAAUUAUGGGAUUGUACUCAUCUUACAAGGCUGCAGAUGAAGGCACUAAUCAACCUCAGUCAAGUGUAGCUAAAAGUAGCAAUCUGUAUAUGCAUCAAACCAAUAUAGGCUCAGGACAACCAUCUAAGAAGAAGCGGCAACGUUGUAAUGUUUGUCAAAUGGAAGGACAUAAGAAGACAGCAUGUCCUUGGGAAAAGGACAUUGACAACAAUGUUAUAGAAGAUGAAGCUAAUGGUUCGGAUGAUGGCGACAUGUAUACCGAACCGACAGCUGAUUUAGAUAGCGAUAAUUAG